CAGCAAACAAAUAAUAUUAGAGAACCGAAAAAUUUGAAAAAAAAAUUACAAAAUUUGAUUUGUUUCCUUUCUGGCUCUGUAUCUUGUUCUUAUUCUUGUUCAUGCUGUUGCUCCUAUAAAGCUGCAUAAAGAGAAUUCAUAUAGAGCUCUUGUUCUGAAUGCAAAAAAAUGGUGUCACCAACUCGUCAAGAAAUUUUAGAUGCUGAAUCAAGGAGUAGUAGAAAAUCAAGGCCUUGUUUGAUUUUCCCUGUGGCUUCUUUUCUCUGUGUUUUUUUGCUUGUUGCAACUUCAUUCUUUGCAAAAGGAUACAAACAGAAACUAUCAAGUUUUAGAACAAAUUACCAGAAUUUGGGAGUUGAUAAAUGCAAGAAUCAAUGCAGGCCUAGAGGAAGUGAGGCAUUGCCCAAAGGAAUAAUCUCCAGCAGUUCUAAUUUGGAAAUGAGACCUCUCUGGGGUCAUGCUGUUGUUCAAAAGAAAAAUGUCAAUAUAGAUAAAAAGGAAAAUGCUUCAAGAAAUUUGUUUGCAUUGGCAGUAGGGAUAAGGCAGAAAGAUGUUGUAAACAAAAUGGUCACAAAGUUCCUAGGAAGUGGUUUUGUUGUGAUGCUGUUCCACUAUGAUGGUGUUGUUGAUGAAUGGAAGGAAUUUGAAUGGAGUGAUCAAGUUAUUCAUAUCUCUGCGGCUAAUCAAAGUAAAUGGUGGUUUGCGAAACGGUUCUUGCACCCUGACAUAGUUUCAGAAUAUGCUUAUAUUUUUCUUUGGGACGAGGAUCUUGGUGUUGAAAAUUUUCAUCCAGAUAAGUAUGUUUCAAUCAUAAAGAGUGAAGGGUUAGAGAUAUCACAACCAGCACUUGAUCCUCACAAAUCAAUACUCCAUCAUCAAAUUACCGUACGUUUGACUACCUCACAAGUCCACAGAAGGACAUACAAAGCUGGUUAUUGUGAUGAAAGAAGCACUGCUCCACCUUGCACUGGAUGGGUGGAAAUUAUGGCUCCUGUUUUUUCAAGGGAAGCAUGGCGUUGUGUUUGGUAUAUGGUCCAGAAUGACUUGGUCCAUGCUUGGGGUCUAGAUAAACAACUUGGCUAUUGUGCUCAGGGAGAUAGAACACAAAAUGUUGGUGUUGUGGACGCUGAAUACAUAGUCCAUUAUGGUCUUCCUACUCUUGGUGGCAUAAAUAAAUCUGAGGCUUUAUCUCAAGCAAAAGAUCAUAGAAUUGAUGUAAGAAGACUUUCUUUCCAAGAAUUAGAGAUUUUUGUGAAACGUUGGAAAAAGGCCGUGGAUGAAGAUUCUUGUUGGGUUGAUCCAUUUCAAUAGUCAUAACUCAUAACUAGAUAUAUGAAUUAAAGGGAUUUUUUUUUAUUAUUAUAUAUUUAUUUGUGUAUCUAGCAUCAAUUAAACACACACACACACAAAGGGUGGUCCUUAACAUCUUAUUAUUGAUAUAGUAAAAUUCUUUUGACAGUUUUGAUCAUGGAAGAUUGUUAUUAUUAUUACUAA